AAAAUGAAACUAGAAUGCAACUGUCAAGCAGGAAUUUUGUUUUAGCAAGUUCUUUGAUAAAAAGAGCGAAUUCAAUGAUAUCACUUGCAAGUGGUAUUGAUAAGCUUGAAGUAUCAUCAAUUGAUGACUAUAAAUCACCAGAAGCAAUCAUUGAUUAUGAAUCACCCAGAACAACCACCACUAAUAAACCACCAGGAGCAACUACUAAUGAACCACCAGGAGCAACCACCAACGAACCACCAGAAGCAACCACAAACGAACCACCAGGAGCAACCACAAAUGAACCACCAGGAGCAAGCAUUACUAAAGAUCGAAAGGAAUUUAUUGAAAAAUUCCUCACUGGGAAUACAUUUAACAAUUGUGUUUUUCAUUUUUAA